UACAUGCUGUGAUAAUGCAGAGGAGUAAUCCUUCUAGGCAGGAGGGUCCCCUCUUUAGCUUUUGUUUUUGAAUUACACCAUUUGUAAGAAAAUUAGUACCCUUAAAAAGAGUCAGGGAAUUGAAAAGUUGCAUUCAUUCUGCAAAACCUUGCCUUGAAAAUUUUAAUUUUUUUGCUUCUCUUUUACCACAAUUCCGCAAAUGGAAUGUGUGAUUGCAUGCCUGAGUUCAGCAGUAUCAUCGUUUUCUGAACAUCUUUGUGGCUUGAUCUGCUCCAGAGUUGGGGAUCCCUUCACCUUCAAGUCUAAUUAUAGUCAUCUGCAACAGGAGCUGCAACGUCUAAAUGAUCUGAACUCCAGAAUGGAAAGGGACCAUGAUAAAUCGGUUCCAGGAGUAAAUGACUGGUUAAGAAAUGUUGAAGAAACUGGCUGUAAAGUGAGACCGAUGCAAGCAAAGAUAGAAGCCAACAAAGAGAGGUGUUGUGGCGGCUUCACAAAUCUCUUUCUGCAAAGCAGGGAAGUGGCAGAAGCACUGAAGGAGGUACGAGGACUUGAGGAACGUGGAAAUUGCCUUGCGAAUUUGUUGGCUGCCAAUCGUCAAGCAAGAGCAGUGGAGCAUAAGCCUGUGGAAUCUUUUGAUCGUCAACCAGCAGCAUCCAAAAAUUUAGCCACAAUUAUGAACCUGCUGAAUGAUGAUGCAGUUGGAACAAUUGGGGUUUGGGGUCAGGGAGGAAUAGGCAAAACUACUCUGGUUAAGAAUUUGAACAACAUCCUUAAGGAUGCUCCUUCAACUACUCCACGUUUUAGCAUUGUCAUCUGGAUCACCCUAUCCAGGGAGUGGGAUCUCAAGAGCAUCCAGGCACAAAUCGCUCAGAGAUUGAAAAUGGAAGAGAAAACCAAAGAAUGCCCCGAGAGUCUGGCUGCCAGAAUCUGUGAAAGACUGAAGAGGGAACAAAAGUUUCUUCUCAUUCUGGAUGAUGUUUGGAAGGAAAUUGAUUUGGAUGCUUUGGGUAUUCCCAGACCUGAUGACCAAGCGGCUUGUAAAAUCAUAUUGACAACCAGAUUUUUAAAUGUUUGCCGAGGGAUGAAAACAGACAGAGAGAUUGCCAUUCAUGUCCUCAAUGAUGAUGAAGCUUGGAAAUUGUUCUGUAAAAAUGCAGGGGAGGCAGUCAUUGUAGAAGAUAUUGAACCAGUUGCAAAGGCAAUAACUAAAGAAUGUGGGGGACUGCCCUUAGCAAUAAGUGUGAUGGGAACAUCCAUGAGAAAGAAGACUAGUAAACACCUGUGGGAGUAUGCAUUGAAGGAGCUGCAAAGGUCGGUGCCGCAUAACAUCUACGGGGUAGAGGAUAAGGUUUACAAGCCUUUAAAGUGGAGUUAUGAUUCGUUGCAAGGUAAUCUCCAAUCUUGCUUUUUGUACUGCUCUUUAUAUCCUGAGGAUUUCUCAAUUGAUAUAAGCGAACUAGUACAAUGCUGGCUAGCGGAAGGCCUUUUAGAUGUAGAUGAACAACAAAGCUAUGAGGAUAUCUACAAUAGUGGAGUUGCUUUAGUAGAAAAUCUGAAGGAUUGUUGUUUGUUGGAAAAUGGUGAUGCUGACAGAAGCUGCACUGUGAAGAUGCAUGAUUUAGUUCGUGAUGUUGCUAUUUGGAUUUCAUCCUCCUUAGAGGAUGAAUGUAAAUCUCUUGUUCAAUCCGGAAUUGGAUUGAGCAAAUUCCCAGAGUCCAGAUUGACACCAUCUUUGAAGAGAAUUUCUUUCAUGCGUAAUGAAUUAACAAGGCUGCCACAUAUUCAGAUACCUUGCUCAGAGGCCUCCACUUUGCUUUUACAAAAUAAUAACACACUUGAGAGAGUUCCUGAGGCAUUCCUGCUUGGAUUUCAAGCACUCAGGGUCUUGAAUCUAAGUGAUACCGACAUCCACCAAUUGCCUCCUUCCCUCAUCCACCUUGGUGAACUUCGUGCCCUUUUUUUAAGCAAUUGUCGUUGGCUCAAUGAAUUACCCCCUGUGGGGCGGCUUAGUAAACUACAAGUGCUGGAUUGCAGUAAGAGUGGUAUCCUGAAAUUGCCAGAAGGGAUGGAGCAGUUGAGCAACUUACGGGAAUUAAACUUGUCAGGCACUGAGAAGUUGAAAACCUUCCGAGCUGGAUUGAUAUCAAGGCUGUCUGGUUUAGAGAUUCUAGACAUGAGAGACAGUAGCUAUAGAUGGUGUCUGAAGACAGAGACAAACGAGGGAAACGCAGCACUACUUGAGGAGCUAGGAUGUCUGGAGCGAUUAAUUGUUUUAAUGGUGGACUUCGAUGGCACCACAUAUCCCUUUUCGGAAUAUGCUCCUUGGAUGGAAAGGUUGAAAAGCUUCGGAAUUAGCGUGUCUGGAGUUGGUAAACGAAAUCCUGGUGUGUGGUCGCAUUAUGUUGAGCGUGUAUCGGGAAUGAUUAAAAAUAAUCUAUUCCCGGAUAGUUUCAAGAAUAAAGAUGGAAAAUUUGAGGAAAGAAAGCUUUUACUUUCGGGAUUGGAUCUGUCAGGCAAAUUGAAUGAAUUCUUGUUAACAUGUGCAGCCGUUCUUGAACUGGAAUCGUGCAGGGGGUUAAAUAAUCUGUUUCAUAGUGUUGGUGGCUUUGUUUAUCUCAAGUCACUUUCUAUUUCGUCUUCCAACGUCAGGUUUAAGCCACCAGGAGGAUGUCGUUCCCCAAAUGACCUACUUCCAAAUCUAGAGGAACUUAACCUCAUUUCUCUCCCUAGCCUAGAGAGCAUUUCAGAAUUAGUGUGGAGUCUUGGACUCAAAUUCUCAAGGCUAAAAGUAAUGAGGGUGCUCUAUUGUGAGAAACUAAAAUAUCUUCUCUCUUGUGAUGAUUUUACUCAACCCCUGGAAAAGCUGGAAAUAAUUUAUUUACAGGACUCUGGAGAUUUGAGUGAUAUGUUCAUUUACAGUUCAGGGCUGACCUCAAAGUCAUAUCCCGUUGCUCCAAACUUGCGGACAAUAGCGUUAUCAGGGCUUCCCAAAUUGAAUACUUUAAGCAGACGAAAAAAAACAUGGCUACAUCUGGAGCAUAUUUAUGUUAGAAAUUGUGGGAGUCUGAAGAAGCUACCUUUGAAUAAGCUAAGUGCGAAUACUGUGAAAGAGAUAAGAGGAGAAAUAGAGUGGUGGACACAAUUGAAGUGGGAUGAUGAUGUUACCAGCUCCAGUCUCCAGCCCCUUUUCAAAGGUCCAGCCUGGUGGUUUUCUGAAGACAACUCGGAGAGGAGAGUUCAAACAGCUUCCUCUUAUGGGGAAUAGAUCAUAUUUGGUUGAUGUGGCUUCCUAUGACAAAGAACAAGAACAUGGUGCUCGAUAUAAUUUUUGAGAGAUCUUCUUUGUUACUAUAUGUAUAUUAGAGUUUUGAGUUGUUAUUUUGAUGUAUUUUGGGUGUGAAAAGUUGAAUAUAGGAUUGUACUUAAGCUUGAAGAAAUUGAUGUGUGACUAUCAUGGUGUAAUAAAAGCCUUGGAUAAUAGUACUAUAACAAGUU